AUGUGCAGGGACAAGAAGGAACCGGGCUACGUCCUCGGCACCGAGACUGAUGGAACAGACUCAUUCGAGACCAUCACUGCUCUGGUCGCCGCAGACCACGAACAUGAUAUCAAGCUUCGGACUAUGUCGUGGCAGAAGACGGCCUGUUUGCUUGCCGGCGAGCAGGUCUGUUUGGCCAUCAUGGCACAGUCGUGGUCUCUCUCGAAUAUUAUCUUCAGUGUCCUCGGUUGGGUUCCGGGUAUCAUUACUAUGGUCCUUUGCGGACUCCUCUUCUGGGUCACCUCGAUCACGAUGCACAAGUAUGUUAUGAAGCAUCCUCAUAUCAUGGAUAUCUGUGACUUUGGAUACCAUGUGUUUGGGCAGAGCAAAGCUGCCUACGUCUUCUCCGCAUUUAUGGUGCUUGCGAACAAUAUUCUUCUUGUCGGAUUUCACGUCUUGACAGGCGCUAAAGUGUUGAAUACCCUCUCAGACCACUCAUUGUGCACUGCGGUUUUCUCAGUAAUUGUGGCCAUUAUGGGAAUCGUUAUGUCCAUGCCCCGGACCUUGCAUCAUGUUAGCUUCAUGUCAAUGUUCUCAUCCGCCUGUAUGGCUAUCGCAAUCAUUCUUUUCCUCGUUUUUGCCGGUAUCGAAGACGCCCCUUUCUACGGACCCAAGGGCGACUACCCGACAGAAGGACCCGUGAAGACCUACGCCUUCCCUCGACCAGGCACCACAUGGGUUGACUGUAUGAACGCUGUGAUGAACAUUACCUUUCUUUGGGUCCCCCAAAUUCUGUUCCCGACUUUCAUCUCAGAGAUGGAAAGGCCACAAGAUUUCCCUAAGGCAUUGGCUGUUCUCGCCGCGAUAUCCGCCAUCCUAUUUAUCGUCCCUUUCGCCAUUGGAUUCCGCUAUCUAGGCCAAUAUGCUACCGCCCCAGCCUUCGGCAGUCUAGGAGUGGUCUCAUACAAGAAAGCAUCUUUCGGCUUCGUGAUCAUCCCUACCCUUGUCAUUGGCGUAAUCUACGCCAACGUAACCGGGAAAUUCAUCUAUACACGCAUCCUCGGCAAGUCCCGACACUCGCACAGUCACACCGUGAUUGGAUGGAGUAUCAUUCCCAGCAUGGGUGAUUUCCUCUCCCUGCUCAGCGUGGCCUUUGAUUCGAUCUUCGGGUUCAUUUAUUUCGCCGUCGCAUACUGGCAGCUAAACCGAGGAUUCCUUUCCAAGAAUCGGAGACAGACUGCUAUGACUGCGCUCAAUGCUUUCAUCAUGGUCGUUGGGCUGUUCUUGUUGGGUCCUGGCUUGUAUGCAGCCGUCGAGGCCAUCAUUGCUGAUUACUCGGGCCCUAUUACGCCUGCCUUCACUUGUGCCAAUAUGGCUAUUUAA